GCAUGCGGUUGGUAGAAGUGACGUGCACACUGGUUGGGAAAGUGUGUUCGUGUUUGUGCAGGGAUGUCGUGUUCAAAGAAGCUCAGCUGUUUCGCGCAGUAAGCGGGACAUGGCUGCAACUUCGGCAAUGAUGGGAGUAAUACCGUUCCUGUUAGACCUACUGUCCAUGGUCCCCGCUGGAGCUCAGGUAAUUUCUCUGAGUGACAUGUAUGGCACGAUCAACUCUCCGAACUUUCCAGAACCCUACCCUAAAGAGUCCGAGGUGCGCUGGAACAUAAGCGUUCCCGACGGGUUCCAAAUCAGACUUUACUUUCUGCACUUCGACCUAGAACCCUCCUACCUCUGUGAGUACGACUAUGUCAAGGUGGAGGCUAAUGGAGAGGAGCUGGCAGUGUUCUGUGGGCGCGAGGACAGUGACACAGAGCAGGUCCCAGGAGAGCAGGUCAUCAGCUCCCCUAGGAGCUCCUUCAGUGUCUCCUUCCGGUCCGACUUCUCCAAUGAGGAACGCUUCUUGGGCUUCGAGUCACACUACAGCGCUGUCGACGUGGAUGAGUGUAGGGACAGGAACGAUGAAGACCUGGCCUGUGACCAUUUCUGCCACAACUACAUCGGUGGCUACUACUGCUCCUGUCGCUAUGGCUACCUGCUGCACUCUGACAACAGGACUUGUCGAGUGGAGUGCAGUGAUAAUGUGUUUACGGAGCGGUCGGGGGUGCUUUCCAGUUCCGACUUCCCCAACCCCUACCCCAAAAGCUCUGACUGCCUGUACCACAUCAAGCUGGAAGAUGGAUUCCUGCUCAGCCUGGAGUUCGACGACACCUUUGACAUCGAGGACCACCCUGAUGUCACCUGUCCCUACGACUAUGUCAAGAUCCAGGCUGGAGAGAAGGAGUAUGGUCCAUUCUGUGGUGGCCGGUCACCAGGCAGGAUCCAGACAGGGAGCAACAAGGUCCAGGUGUUCUUCCACAGUGAUAACUCUGGAGAGAACAUCGGCUGGAGGCUCUCCUACACCUCUUCAGGACCGGAAUUGGGCAGCCCUGCCAUAAGGGGAACCUUUUAUCGUUCUAGCCUAGAUGGAGCCCUCUGUGUUUUCUCAAAUUCAGGAAAGAGUCAGUGUCCCGUCCCUGUGAAGCCCCUCUAUGGCCAGCUGGAUCCGGUCCAGAUCCAGUACUCCUUCAAAGACCACGUCCUGGUAUCCUGUGACCCAGGAUACAGACUGAUAAGGGAUGGAGAGGAACUGGAGCACUUUCAGAUCGAGUGUCAGAAAGAUGGCUCAUGGAACAGUUUUGUCCCACUUUGUGAAAUGGUGGAUUGUGGGACUCCUGGGGAGGUUGCCAUGGGUGACGUCAUCUUCGAGAGCUCUGGCAACAGCACCCUGUUCGGUUCUAAAAUCCAGUACACCUGCAGGGAGUCCAUGUACCAGAUUCACCCCAAGAUCAACAGUAUGUACACCUGUGGGGAGAAGGGAGAGUGGACCAACUCAGAACAUGGGACUAAAAUUCCUACCUGUUUGCCAGUAUGUGGGGAGCCGUCCCAGCCCUUCCCAGCACAGAUUAAGCGUAUUGUUGGGGGACGUAGCACUGUGCCAGGUCUCUUCCCCUGGCAGGUCCUCCUCACCGUGGAAGACAUGUCCCGUGUCCCGGAGGACCGCUGGUUCGGGAGCGGUGCCCUGCUAUCCGAGUCUUGGGUCCUCACCGCCGCUCACGUUCUGCGCUCCCAACGCCGCGGCGCCACCGUAGUGCCUGUGGCGCCCGAACACAUCCGAGUCUACCUGGGCCUGCACGACGUCCGUGCCAAGCAAAACGCCACCAACCGCUCUGUGGAACAAGUCAUCCUCCACCCUCACUUUGACCCUCGCAACUACAACAACGACAUCGCCUUGGUCAAGCUGAGUCAGGCGGUGCCCGUGGGGGAGCUAGUGCGGCCCGUCUGCCUGCCCCCUCCCCAGGGCAAAGACAGGCCCCAGAGCCCCCAGCUCAACACCCUGGGCCUGGUGGCCGGCUGGGGCAUCUCCAACCCCAAUGCCUCUGUGGCCGCCGACACCACCGCCCUCUCCUCUGACCUGGGCAUGGUGUCGGACGUGCUGCAGUAUGUCAAGCUGCCUGUGGUGGCGCAGGAGGAGUGUAAGGCCAGCUAUGCAUCACGCUCCAUCAACUACAACAUCACUGACAACAUGUUCUGUGCCGGCUUCUACGAGGGUGGCCACGACACGUGCCUGGGGGACAGCGGGGGGGCGUUUGUGAUGGAGGAGCCCGGAAGCGGGCGCUGGGUGGCCCAAGGCCUGGUGUCAUGGGGGGGCCCGGAGGAGUGUGGGAGCCAGAGGGUUUAUGGGGUUUACACCCGGGUGGCCAACUACGCCGAUUGGUUGCAGAGCCAACUGGGAACGGGGCCGUGGUGGUGAGAGGGAAUAGGGGGGGUCAGUUACGUCCCGAUGACAAGCAAUUUCCAUGUCAAACUCGACUUGAAAUCCUUGUGCAUUCUUAUAUGAUGAACUCCAAUGUAUCAUUCCCCUCUGUUCAACCUAUC